AUGGUUUGGAUGUCCAAGGAGCAUUCUACAAUGAUUACGGCGGACAUAUUGGCGUGCUUGACACAUAAAGCUUUCAGUAUUUUAUUGAACACCGGAGGGAUGGAACGGUUAAACUUACUAUCCAACUCGUGUAUCAUCUGCAUCUAUGUACUGCAUGCCUGCUCACUGCUAGCUGUAGCAGUGUUAAGCAGCCCAAACAAUGAAGAUUGCCUAAAUCGAUUCACAAAUCCUGUGGACAUGACGGCUUGCAACAUAACAGAGCUAAACCCUUACCAUUUCAGCCGUUACCUUUUCGUUAGGACCCUUGACAUGAGCAACAACGUAGAGUUUGAUUUUCCUUCGAAUGGAUCAGCAUUUCUGUACCACGAUGUAUUAGUUCAAUAUUACUGCAUAAAUUGCGGUAUCACAGUGAUUUACAACAAUACAUUUGCCGGACUUCGUCAACUAAAAUCGCUCAACUUAGGGUCCAACCGCUUAAAAUCAAUCCCUGCUGAGGCAUUCAAUUACAAUCAAAUACAAUUCCUGUUUCUAACAAACAAUCGGAUCGAACGGUUUAAUGAGCGGAAUGAGCUAGAAACUAUGCAGCACCUGUGGAUAUUGGAUGUGAGUGAGAACGAAGGAUUUGACCUAAAUAAUCUGUCGAUAGACUUUCGAAGACUGGAACGGGUGCUUUGCAACAAUUGCAAUCUAUCCAGCAUCGAUGGUCAGUGGCUUUCUAAAAUCGGUCGUCUAAAAAAGUUACAUCUGGAAGGCAACUCAAUAAGUGUGGUUUCGAAAAAUUGCUUCGACAAUAAUAGUGUACUGAAUUAUGUGAACCUUAACAACAAUCCCAUACGGGAACUUACCAUUACCAGUGACAGCCUGGAAACGUUGACCUGCAUUAACUGCAACAUUACGCACCUAACCGAAGGGAAUUUUAAACUACUACCGAAUUUAAAGUUGCUGCAGCUACAAAACAACAGUAUUGAACGAAUUGAUCCGUUUACGUUCUUCUCCAAUCCAAAACUGAAAACUCUUCUGUUGGACUACAAUAAUCUGACGAGCUUUCCAAUAGAGAUCCUAAGAACAUCUCGAGCGCUCCAGCAGCUAUGUUUGGAUAAUAACUAUUUUCACCCAAUGCCGAAAUUCAGUGAACUUAGUGAAUUAUACAAAUUAUUGCAACUUCGGAAGGAUUGUGCCGCAGGAACGGUUCAUCGACGCCACUUCGAAAACAUUAUUCCCAAUAUGGACGUAGAAGGAAAUUCACUCUAUGAAAAGGAUCUUCCCGCUUGCAAUAACAGCAUAAGCAUUGCCAACCGGAAUGUAAUAUUUAUUGAUCCUAUGGCUUACGAGGCGUGUCAAUCGCUCACCAUUUUGAACAUGAACAACAACACAAACUUCAGUUUUCACAAACAUUACCCAUUGCUUUACAGUGAGUCCCUAGAAAGCUAUUCCUGUCAACAUUGCAGUAUUCGAGUGAUCUACGAUGACACCUUUGCUCAUCUACCAAAUUUGCAGAAAAUAUUUCUGAAGCACAAUCAUCUGACAAAAAUAUCCUACGAAGCAUUUCAUUCCAAUAAAAUGUUAAGGCAUAUCGACUUCGACUACAAUAAACUGCAAAUGCUCCCAAUUCAGUUACUUUCUGCGCAGACAAACUUAUCAAUCUUGAAUCUGAAUGACAACUACGAACUUGCGUUCACCCCUACGAUUCCAUUCGCCGAUCAGCCGGUUGUCGAGAAAUUCAAUGCGAAACGGUGUGCCAUUCAGCGCAUCACCAGUACCAGCUUCUGUGCAAUGCCGGGAUUGAGAGAAAUCUACAUUACGGACAAUCCCAUCGAUUUCAUCGAUGUACGAGCUUUCCAGAAUAACCUACAACUGCGCAUUCUAGACCUAUCCAACACCCAUCUGGUAGUGUUUCCUGCCCCAGCAAUCGCACCGCUGAAACAGUUGGAAACAUUUUGUCUAGCCGGUAUGGACCGAUACGUCUACGGCAAUCCUGUUCAGUUGGAAAACAACAGACAACUUGUGAGCAUGAUACCGAAAAAAUUGUCAAGCUGUAGUGAUCAGUUUAUUGCCAGGUUGGAGAAUGCCACAAGGAGAAGUACUACUAGUACUACUAGUACUACUAGUACUACAAGCGUGCUGCCACCGUUGCAAGCCCGCUACAAAGCCAAAAGUUCUGGUACGGAUGGCUUCGGUUGA